UUCCGUACGGAGGACGAUCUCGAAGUGCGUGUGUGUGUAUGUGUGUGUGUGUGUGUGUCUCUAUGGUGUGGUCGAGCACGGAUUGAUCUCCCUCUCUAUCGGACUGUUCGUUUUGUAGAAUAACUCUAAAUCCAUGUGUUGAAUCUGUGUGUGUGUGUGUGUGUGCACAUCUGAUCGGGACUGUACUCGCUCAGAUCGCGUCUCGAGGUGUUUGUCGGGAGCGCGGAUGGUGCGCGACCGGGACUGAGCGCGAGCGCGCAUUAGGGAGUGAAGUUCGAGGAGGACGCGGAGGAAAGCGGGGCUCUCCGGGUCGCUCCCCGUCGCGCGCGCGCUGGAUGGAUGGGCAUGGGGCAAACGGGAUCUUACUACCGCGGGGCUGAGCGCCUUCUCACCGCCUGCCUGCUCCUUCUCAUCACCCUCUCACUCCUGCUCCACACUGGUGAAAGUCAGGUCCAUACUCCGCAGUGCCGUAUCCAGAAGUGCACCACAGACUUCGUCUCGCUCACUUCUCAUCUGAACCCGUCUCUGGAUGGCUUCGACACUGAGUUCUGCAAGGCGCUGCGGGCCUACUCGGGCUGCACGCUCCGCACCGCCAAAAGCUGCAGAGGAAACCUGGUUUUUCACUCGGCCAUGCUGGGCAUCAGUGACCUCAUGAGCCAGCGGAACUGCUCCAAAGACGGACCCACGUCCUCCACGCACCCGGCCGUUUCUAUCGAGCCCUGCAACUACCACAGCCGCUUCCAUCAUCACCAGGCUGCACCGACCGCCACUGGCACAGGGGUUCCCGGCUCGCCGGAGCACGCGCGACCCAACUUCCUGUUCUGUGGUCUGUUUGGAGACCCGCACCUUCGGACUUUUAAGGACCAGUUUCAGACGUGUAAGGUGGAGGGGGCGUGGCCUCUUAUCGAUAAUAAUUACCUGUCUGUGCAGGUAACGAAUGUGCCAGUGGUGCAGGGGUCAAGUGCCACAGCAACAAACAAGAUCACUGUUAUCUUCAAACCGUAUCAGGAGUGCACAGAGCAGAAGGUGUACCAGGCGGUGACGGAUGACCUCCCGGCGGCGUUCGUGGACGGCACCGUUCUAGGCGGCACUAGCGAGACACGCAGCCUCGUGGUGCUGGAGAAGCUGGCAGGGCGCCACGUGGAGCUGCACGCCGCCUACAUCGGCGUAACGGUGGUGGUGCGCCAGCUGGGCCGCUACCUUACGCUGGCAGUGCGCAUGCCCCACGAGCUCGCCAUGUCCUACGAUGACACUCAGGACCUGCAGCUGUGUGUGAACGGCUGCCCCGCCUCCGAGCGCAUCGAGCUGCCUGCGCUCAACCUGCAGCACGGCGGCGCUCCCGCUCUCCCUUCUCUCUCGUCACCUCAGCAGGCCUUCAGCCUGGAGAGCGCCUCCAGGAAGUGCAGCGAGCAGCUGCAGGUCCAGGACAUCUAUUUCCACUCCUGUGUCUUUGACCUGCUCACCACCGGCGACGCCAACUUCACCGCCGCCGCCCAUAGCGCCCUGAAGGACGUGGAAGCGCUGCACCCCGAGAGGGGGCGUUGGCACAUUUUCCCUCGUUCCGCGGCGGGGUUAAGACUCACAGCAGCCCUGAACGCACUUCUCCUUUGCUUAUUCGCCGCUGCACUUUUGUAAACAGCAUGGCCGUGACCGACUCGACUUUCCUAAUAAAAUUCAAAGGAGACUUUGUAAACAAUCAGAGCAUCACCUGUAUAUAUUGUGUAGACGGAGGAGACGUUCAUUUGUACGACUGUAAAUUUGUGUACAUGCCAUUUUCAGGAGAGCUGGGGUGCUCAGUGAAUUUUUCGAUGUGUGAAAUGUUUGGUGACUUUUUCUUUUCGGUUUCAUACUUGCGAGAAGAAGUCUGAAUGGAAGCACUUUAUUUUUGAAUUUUCUUGCGACUACAGAACAGUGUUCCACAGAACCGCAGAGCUCAAUAGUCUGGGAUAGCUAGUCUUUUUCAUAUCCGCAGGUGUGUGUGUGUUUUUGUUUUUUUUCCCCAAACCCUUGACUUUUGUCUGUAUGUAGAUAGAACACGCCUCACCGUGGUUCUCCGCAGAACAAGUGACAGUCGGUUAUUUUAAAAGUGCAGUUAUUAGUACAGUAGCGACUUGUAUAACGUGGCUAGAUUUCCAAUGAAUCCUCACAGUUGUAAGGAUAACAGCAGUAUCUGUCUAGGAAUCAUUCCUCGUUUGUAGUCUAGAGCUCGAUAUUGUUGUUGGACUUUUGUGUAAGUGUUGAGUAAAAUAUGAAGAAUUCGAACCAACACAGCAGACAUGGGUUGAAGUGAAACAGGGAUCUUAUGAGGAGGAGGAGGAACUGUUCGGUGGUCUGGGAUCCAUCCUGCAGACCAAAUUUUAUUUGCAUUUAAUUCAGUCCUGCAUUUCAUCAGUAACAGUCAGAAUGUCUUCGUAUCCGGUACGAUUAAGCGCAGAUGGCCAAACUUUUUUUUUUUUUUUUAGAUGGACGUUUCAUAAAUUAAGUCUGAUUCGAUGAACAUUUUCCUCUCGGCCCAGCGACGGUUAGGAAUUAGACACACCGAAGAAACUGUGUUUCAGCCCACUCUUAGCUCACGAUGGCCAUUAUUAAUAAGUCUCAUUAUUGCCAAACGGAGGUAGACCAUCAAUCACAGCAUAUCUGUUGUGUCGUUCAGAAUAACGUCCUCCAGCCAAAGAGAGAAUUCAUUUUGCCGUGAUCACGGACACGUUUGGCAUUUCCUGAUGAGCAUGUGAACCCCGUGACAUUACAGUACCCCUUCCUUUUUUUUUUUUUUCUCCCCAGAAAAUGCUUUUUGGUCUCUUCUUAACAAUGCUUAACAUCUUUCUAUAAUAAAGCUGCCCGUGCUUAGCAUUUCCAUUUAAUCGAUUAAGCCAGCAACAGAUCUUCUUUUUUUUUUUACGCUGACUGCCCAAACGUAAAUCAACAGUCCUAUCCUAAAAAGACUUGCUACUGUAGACUCACAUUUGUACGUUCAUUUGUUUGCAACUACUGCCAGUGCUGAAGAGCUGCUAACAUACUGUGACUAGAUUUUAUUUGGAACACUGGGAUUUUCUGUGAUUGGCCAAAUCCUUGAUGAUUGUUGAGCGAUUGUUGAAUCCUAAAUAGGCUUUGUUUCGCCGUGUAAUAGAAAAGACCAGAGCAAAGCAUCUGAGUGCAAUUACCUGCAAAGAUAAGCCUUCAUCCUGUGUUGCUUUGUUGCGUUUGAUCUUGUGAUUUUUUUUUUUUUUUGAGUUUGAGUGAAAUUGUUGUGUUUUUUUUUGUGGAGAGUGACUGCUCGAUGUUUAUACUUAAAUUAUUUAUAAAAUAUAGUGUAUUGUUAGAGAAGGUUCAUAUUCUUGCUGUUUGGAGACAAAAAAAAAACAUUUCAGACGUGAUUGUACUGCCACCUAGUGGACCACCGUUGUUACAUCAGUGUUUUAGUAAUGUUCUGGAUGCGGCGACUGAAAGCGAGGAGGAAAAAUGUGUUUUAUUUAAAAACAUUAAAAGAAAAAAAA